AUGCACAACUUCUACAGUCGACCCAUCACUUUUGUGGUGGACAGGAACAGCUACCCUGACUACGCAGGAGGUCAGGUGGAGUAUCAUCAUCUCUAUAGUGCCUCCAGUCCCUAUAUCCAUCCAUACCACACCUGGCACUUCCCUCCCAUGGUCCCUAUCCCUCUCUACAGCCCCUAUGCAAACUACCAUCCCUAUGCUGCCUGCCAGAGGUCAGAUCAGUAUCGAGAUACGUGGCCAGAAGGCUUCACAAUGAGAGGGGAGCUUCAAUGGGGGAAGCUUGGAAAGGUGUUUGGGCCAAGGAAAGACCUCCCAGAAUUUGUGAAGGAUGAUCUCCGGAGGGUUUAUGGCACCUACCCCCGGACCAAUGUUUCCAUAUCCUAUCGGAAAGGAGAGUUCUUGGUUAAGGGAGACCCCAAGACAGAAGACCAGGAAUAUGCAGUGGAGAAGAAGGUCAUCCAGCAGGCUGUGACCCCCAGUGCCAGUGAGGCAGAUGACAGCAGCGAGGACCGGAACCGUAAGAAGAAAAAGAAACUGAGACAUUGAGGGAGUUCAGACACCCAAUGGACUGAUGCUCCAGUACCCUCAUGGGAGCCAUUUGUCAGCUGGUUUUGGUGUGG